AGUUGAAAAAAGUCCGUAGUCUCCCUACCGCCGGUUAAAAUCGCGAUAUAAAGUUUGCAAACGCAAGAAAAUUCCCUUUGCCGGCCCGCCAGGGGGAGAUUGAUUUCUCUACGAAACCCCCCGUGAAAGUGGCAAACGCGCGUGUUUCCAUUGUGACUCGGGCUGCGCACUACCAUCCACUGGCACCCGGGUCAGUGUACCCCGUAACUUCGCCUCUAAUCCCCGCAGGAUCAAUUCAAAAAAAUCAGCAUGAGCCUGGAGACACUGCUGGAGGCUGCACGAUAUGUCGAGCAGCAGGAGAAGAAACGAGAGAGGGUUGCCAGCACUUCCUCAUCCUCGGAUCAUUCGUUCGCCGUUGCGCCACACUCGAAUCAUCACAAUUCAAACGAGCCACGUGGUGCAAAGAUGAAGAGAGAGCGGAGCGAGCCAGAUGACCUGUUUUGCGAGGAAAAAAUGCUCAUAAUCGACGAGGAGGAUCCGCUCGACAUUAGCAGAACGAAUGGCAACCACUCGACUACCCUACGGGGCAGUCCUAUUAUCUCACGUGGAGCACUUACAAAUCCAAAUACGACUCACACAAACAUUCAUCACGUUACAACUCAUCAUCAAAUUCAUCAUCAUAAUAAUCACAAUAGUACAUCGCACAAUCAUUAUAUCGAUAAUCUUAGUACAAAUCAUAAUCAGAGUACUACUACGUCGGUUGUGGUCGACAUGGAUUCAUCGCAUGACAAUAAAAAACAUCGGAAUGGACCAUGUGUCAUAAGAUCUGGUACCCGAGAAGUUCACAAUAAACUCGAGAAAAACCGUCGUGCCCACCUAAAGGAGUGCUUCGAAAUGCUGAAGAAACAGCUACCAGCUCAGGAUGAGAAGAAAUCGUCAAACCUGUCAAUCCUCCAUGCAGCAAUAAGGCAUAUUCAGACACUGAGGAGAAAAGAACGGGAUUCUGAACACGAGAUGGAGAGACUUGCGAGAGAGAAAAUAGCCGCUCAACAGAGGAUAGUUGCUUUGAAAAAGGAACUCUCUGCUACUUGGGAUCAUAUUGAUUUCAGUACAUUAUUGCAAGAGCCUAGUUCGGCGAUUGAUCCAUUACAAUGCAAAAAUGUUUCAGAGAGCAUGGACGUUGACGUGUCAGGUUUAGCUCGCGGUGGUACGCGUUACAGUAGCACCAGUAGUUUAAGUUCAGCAGCAACCGCAAGCUCCCCCCAGAACCAUCAAACAACAAGUACAACACCAUCAAUUCACAAUCAAGUAGCAACAGCAGCAGUUGUAUGCCAAACCCAGGGCUUGAAUCUCGCUCAGAAUUCACGGGAGAGUCCACCAGCGAGUUCCAGUCCAGGUGCAUCGACACCGAGUAUUCCAACACCAGCUCAAGAGAAAGUCACAUCGCCACCAGUUGUCCAACAGUCACACCAGUUGCAUCUGCCAAUAAGUGCACAGAUGUUGAACACAACUCAGGGUUUAGCCACAAUAGUACCAACUCUACAGCAUCUUGGAUCUGGUCUUCGUGUUAUACCUGGUGACACGAGGCAAUUGCUUGUGACUCACACGACUGGCAGCAGUGAGCCACGACCACUGACACUGGCUGUACAAAAUUCAGGGGAUCAGGGAAGACCUCUCAUUGCUGUACAAUCGACAACUGGAAGUGAGCCAAGACCAGUUGCACUUGUUGUGCAUUCAUCAGCAGCUAAUGACAACCGUGUGACAUUUGUACACUCUAAUUUGUCGAAUCAGGAGAGACCACUUGCACUUGCUGUGCAAUCGUCAGCCAGUGAUGUAAGACCUGUUACUUUUGUACAUUCUGGGAAUGAUGCAAGGCCACUUGUACUUGCUACACAUCCACCACCACUCAAUGUCACUACACAAGCGAGAAUAAGGCCAGGGGACACGCAAACACCCCACAAAAUGGUCGGUGGAGUUACGUUGGUGGGAGGCAAUGGAUCGGAGUUGACGAGACUUCCUGGUGGUGCCGAGUUGAAUAUUCUACCUGCUAAUGGGGUGUUUCGAUCUGUCAAGACACAGCCGUUGGCUGUGCAAGGAGGAUUGACACUGAGUCACGCUGGCGUCUCCCUCCAAACAUCCACUGGCAAGCCAAUGAUGCAGAGUUCACCGUCCACAGAGAGCAUAGCCCACAUUGUUGGCCAGCACACAACCCUCUCAGGCCUGACUCCAAUAGUAACUCCAAUGACAGUUGUAUCCCAGGGAAACCAGGUGACAGCUCACAUACUGGCCCCCUCGAAUCUAGCUGGAAAGAUGAUAACAACGCCGAUACUGAAAUCCGUGGGUCAAGUGCCACUCGUCAAUGCCCAGUAUCUCAAUACCACGACCCUUGUGAAGCCAGUUGUCGUUGUCAGUUCAUCAAACUCAACACCAUCAACAAUAGCUUCCAGUACACAGCCUUCCGUCACAUCGCAUUCCAACGUCUGACAACAUCACAGGAUAACAAAGUUCGUUUGAGAUUGGCUUUGGGCAUUUUUUUCGUUUAAUUUCAAUGUUUGUGAUACAUCGAGGGGCUCUUGAUGGCUUUUAAGAGUUUAACGUGACAUAUUCGAGGUCGGGAGAUUUAAUAUCCGUUUUGACUAUCAAAAAUUGGGGGAUUUCACAUUUAAAAAAAUAGUUUAUGAUGACAUUGAUUUUAAAUUGCACCUGAAUUUCCCUACACUGAGAGAAAAAUGACACAGUUCUCAAAUAAGUCUUCUUUGUGCCAAGAAAACAGUUUUUUGAAA